GAAUUUCCUACUAUUUAACCGUAAACAUCUCGUCGAAAAGGGCGGACGAGCGCUGGUUUUCCUUGUGAUUUUCUGUAUUGUCGUCCUCAAGAAAUGUCCCAGCCUCUGCUUGAUGUGGAUCCUGUUUGCUUCCGGGCCUGUUUUCCAGGCGGUCAAUGCCUUAUCAUCACUACCGUCCUUGACCAUGUGAUGUAUGGUAAUUUGUCCCAAAGGCAGCAGAUCCUGGAGACAUUAAACAGAGACGGGCUGACGGCCGCUGUCGAGGAGGAGAUCCGCGCCGUCUGCCGCCAGCUGUUGGCCAGCCCCGAGUAUCCCAGCACCGUGCACCAGCGUCUCACCACCAUCCUAGUCUCGCCCGAUGAUCGCCAUCCUGUUCUGACGCCGACCGGAAGCGACCAGCCGCCGGCCUGCACACUGGUGGUGGCCGUCAACCCAGAGGGCGCUUUGGACCAGGUGUGGGACGGUGUCGUCUCUCGACUGCACCAGUUUGAGGUUUUCACGGACCGGCGGCGCUCCAGGAUGGUGCCGCCUCGCCGCAGUCGCCGCCUCAGCAUCAUGCCGGAGCCGGCGGCGGCCGAGCCUGCCGCCGCCGCCACGAGCCGGCCCCGCGCCGCCGGCCGGGGCAGUCGCUCCAGCCGGGUGACGUCGCCCGCCCGGCGACCGGCCGAGCCGCGCGCUGCGCCCCAGCCCUCCGCCAAGCGAGGACGCGGCGCCGGAGGCUCCGGAUCGUCCACCAGCAGCUCGCGGCUGCCGACCAGAACGGCCGCCGUCGGCGGGGCGGCGCCCGCUCGGAAGAAAGCAGCGUCGCCGGCCUCGUCUGUACGAACGACUUCGACGACGUCUAGCAGGAGGUCGACAGCAGUUCGCAGCAGCCGCCGGUCCGUGGCCGUCUCCCCGCCGGUCCUGGUCGCGACCCGCAGGCAGACUCGCAGAAGCAAGCCGGCAGCGUCGCCACCUGUGCUGUCGCCCGCUAAGCAGCAGGUCGCUCGCGCUACCCGCGGCGCACGCUCGCCCUCGUUUGCGAGGGACAUACGAGUGCGCACUCUGGAAGGUGCCAGCGGCGAGAUGACGGACUUCAGCAUGCCAGAGGACAUGACCGGGCACAAGAGUCAGUUUCUGGAGGAACUCAUGAUGGACGCCACCGUCAUGCUGGAGACGCCGGGUCUGCUCAAGAGAUUCUCCAAGAAGCUGAAGGAACCUACACCGAAGCCCAAGUCUCCCGCAAAGCCUGCACCGAGGCCCAAGUCUCCCGCAAAGCCUGCACAGAAGUCCAAGUCUCCCGCAAAGUCGCCGCCUCGGUCAGCACAAAGCACAGUUACACAGCGUGGCAGACAGUCCGGCGUCGCGAAGCGUACUCGUUCCGAGUCACGCUCCCCGUCCGCCACGCCGCCAAAGAAGCCUCGAGCCGCGGUCGCAGACCGAGGCUCGGCGAAGGUCUCGGCCCCGGCGACUGUCGGCCGUUCACCGCCUCGAUCGGUGACCAGAGGCCGGCCUAGUAUGAGCUCUGUCCGUAAGAGUCUGAGCGCGUCGCUGGCUGAUGUGCCCAUGGCGGCCUCUUCUCCAGCGUCACCGGUGCUGCGUGUACACACACCAGCGGCCGCCCGAGCGUCGGCGAAGCGGUCGCAGACCGUGACAGAGGUGUCACAGACUGUCACAGAGGCGUUACAGACCGUCACACAGUCGGCUGCCGUGACGGCUGGACAGACGCCAAAGCCAUCGGUGGACUCUCCCGAUCGUCCGACACGCUCUAAGGCGCUGCUGGAGGCGCGGAGCUCGAUCCGUCGCCGGCCGGCCGGCCAGCCGCCGCCGGAGGACCAGGUGACGGCCUCGCCCAACCUGAAGCCGGCCCGGGAUGCGGCCGCCGCCGCGCUGAGUCGUGCGUACGUGGCUCUGGCGCGCAGUGAGGCCAAACAGAAGGACCUGUUCCGUAGCCGGGUGUCGGGCGUGGCGGCCGUGGCCUCGCCGGCCCUCGCUCAGCUGUCGGCAGAGCACACGAGUAAGAAAAUCGAUACGGACGAGACAUCGGCCGUGAACGCGGGGACCAAGACAACGGCUGAGCGGCAACUCGCUGAUUCGGUCGUCUCUGAGCAGCCGCCAGCGAAGCCGGUGCCUGACGCGCCGACCGCCGACCCUGCGCCGAGCCGCUCGGACGCUUCAGAGCCGGUGUUCGCCUCUCCCGCGGGCCGCGGCACCCCGCGCGGCCAACUGGCGCCGCGCUCGUCGGUUCGUCGCGCGCCCGCGUCGGCACUGCGGCGCGUGCUGGACCGCGCGCCUGACUCUGCGGCACGCUCGGAUGUUCGGCGCGUGCUGCGCCGGCCGUCACCGCCGCCCCUGGACCGGGCGGCCGGCGGAGACUCGCCGCUGGUCGAGGCACCGCUCACCAGAUCCAGGCGUGCGAAGCUGACUGCCGAGCUGUCUCCGCCUGUUGACGGUAUCGCCGCGGCGAACAAUGUGGAGGUGGACGGAGCGAAGCCCCCACCGCCCGCUGCAGUGACGGCGCUCUCUGAUGAGAAGGAUGGUUACGACGAGCCCCGCCGACGCAGCCGACUGCGCACCACCUGCCUGAUGCUGCUGCUGCUAGUGGUGGUGGUGGUGGCCGUGCUGUGGCUGGGCCGCGCCCAGCUGCCGGCCGAGCAGCGUAACCAGCUGGAGCAGCUGCAGCGGACCGUGCAGGCCCAGAGCCAGCAGCUGGAGCAGCUGGUGCGCCGCCAGCUGGAGGCGGCGCGCGGCUGGCUGGACCGGGUGCCGGCGCUGGCGGCCGGCGGCCAGUGACCGGCCGACUACCCUCCAGUCGAGCACACUGUGACCCAGCGGCCAGCUGUAAGUACCUUGCGGUUGAGUACCCAGCCGUGGCCGAGUAUCCAGCGGCCAGUGAGUACUGCUGAGUGCUGACCCGACCCCUGUCAGGCGGGACCGGCGCCGCCGUGAGUGUCCGGCCGACGGACCCGCCCCCUGCCGGAGCCAGCGCCGCCUGCCGGCCGGGGGAGCGCGAGGGUAGGCCGUCCCCGACCCGGCUGCACCGAGUCGCCACCGGUCGUGUAGUUUGGUCAGUUUAGCUGCUGUACGGUGGACUGUCUGAGUGAGAUUUGUGUCCGUCACACUCCUGAUUUUUUUACGUUAGAGAUCGGCACUGAUGACAUGUGACAUUGAUAAGGUUGAUGGUGUGUGGGCAGAGGUAACUCUCGUCCCGCCGGGGAUCACUGGGCAUUACAGUAGAGGCCGGAUGGAUUCGUGUGCGUUUUAAACUGGCAUAGUAUUUCGACACGUGAGAGUGUGAGAUGGUUCAGUAGGCAUUUGAUGUACAAAGCUUUCGGCAGUACAAAGACGUGCCUGUUCGGUCGACAACGUUUAUCGUCAUCACACAUUAUAUUUGACAAAUCACGUAGCGUAGGAUCAUUUAGCAUAAGCAUUGGGCGUUUUAGAUUCUUACUUGAAAGUCGCAAGUAGUGCUGUCAUGGAGUGGUGUUUACCGAAGGAGAUUUCACUUUCAUAUGCCGUACCUGUCACAGAGUAUGCAUAAAUGAGAUUAAUGUUAGUACCUUAGCUGUAACUGCAUGACUCCGAAGGCGCUUAGUGCGAUAAAUAUGCAUCGAUGUGCUAGACAGAGCGCUGUUUCAUCGUAAGAUUUCACAUUUGUGUGAUGGCUAAACUGUAAAUCCACUCGCUAGGAUGAACGUACAAAGCGAAUGAUUUGCGAAAUGCUCAUUUUGCACACCAUCGAGAUUGUAGUUAGGUGUUCCUGGAAAUAUUGUAUUUUCGGUAACCGUUGGAACGACCCGCACCAAAUUUGAUGUCAAUAUACUUGUGUUGGCAUAUCUGGCUUUCGUGGAUUUG